AUGUAUUGGCCAUUUUCAGCACCACCAAGGUCAUCUGUACCAUCCUCAACACCCAGUCCAGUCUUGCCAACGCCGUCCUUGCCCUUCUACCCAUCCCAAGCUCCUUACCCUGACCAAGCCAUCCGGUCAGUCCAAGCUGCUUGCCCAGAAGAACAAACGCUUUCUGCAGGCCAUUGUCAGCACCAGCUUAUCCGUGCCGUCCUUGAGACCCAGCCCAGUCUCGCCGACACCGUCCUCGCCCUUCUACCCAUACCGAGCUCCUUGCCCUGA